AUGUGCUGGGCGUGCCUUCGUGCGCGAGGGGUUACUCGUGUACCUCCAUUCGUGGAAGGCGUGACGCUGAAGGACGGAAGAUACGUCGAGACUUUUCGUUUGCCGACUAUCAGCGUCGGCGUCUCUCAGAGUCCUCCUCCGCCUCCUUCCCUUUCUUCAUCUUCUUCCUUCCCUGCUGCUGCUGUUCUUUACCUCGACCGCUGCUGCGGCAGCGGCUCCUAUUUCUAUGAAGGACCCCCGGUCCUGCAGUAUAGGGGCCUUCCGCACUCCUUACAAGGAAACAACAGAUCUGCCGUCUUCCAUCAUGUCCACCUCUCUGACGCAGCCAGAGAAGAAAUCACGCAGUACCAACAACAGCUGCUGCUUCUUCGCCAGCAGCAACAACAGCAGCAGCAGCAGGAGGGUGAAGACGAAGAACAGCAGCAGCAAGGAGAGCAGUUUCUCGUAGAGGAGAAGGCGCUGCGGGGAGAGAAAGAUCAGCGAAGUCAGAGGGGUGAAGGCGAGGAGGAAGCCAAGCAGAAGAAGGGAGAGAAGAAGGCGGAGGAAGAGGAUAGGGAGAAGGAGGAGAAGGAGGAGGAUGAGGACGAACAGCAGCAGCAGCAGUUGGGAAAUGCAGAGGCUGGAACGGAAGAACAAGAAAAAUGA